AUAAAAAAUCAGUUCAUUGAGUGAACAUAUUUCACAUCUUUGGACAUUUGUUUCAAUUAUAGUUUCUCCUUGGAUUUAUUUUAGUGGCUAUCCAAACUUGAUAUAGUUUCUACUGAAAUCUUGGGUUUAGAAGAGAUGUGUGAAUGACAAAGUUUAGUUUGUAACUUGAUAUGCUCGAACAUAAUUUAAGGAUUCACACUUUCACUCACAUCCAGCUAAAGCAAUGAUAUUAAGAUAGACAAAGUUUUCCUGAUGUUUGUAAUUUUGCAUUUUUUUGGGGGCAAUUGCAAAGAUUGGUGCACAAUUGCUUAUGGUAAUUGGACAUCCUAAUAUCAAUGCUUUGUAUCUGAUUCAUUCACCUGUUUAUAAAGUCUCUUGUUCAGCUUUUGAUUCACCAACAAAAUCAAUUUGAUUAGAGCAAAUGCCGUAUGAAAUAUGAUGUUUUUUUAGAAUCAUAUAUUAUAAUUAUAAGCAAUACUAGAUGACUGGUAUAGGGCGGGCAGUUUGGCCAUUUCGAUUGCAAGAGUCGCCUCAUUUUGAGAAGACUUGUCCACCAGAAAAAUGAAUUUGAUUGGAGGAAAUGCCUUUUGAUGCUCUUAUAGAAUCAUAUCAUAGUAGAUAAUACUAGAUGAUAGGUUUUGGGUAGGCACCUUGGCUAUCACCUCAGUUAGUCCAAAAUUAUGUGGUUGGCACAUGAGUUCUUGAGGCAGAAACUUGAAUUUGUUGCAGGAAUCCCAGUGUUUCAGAAUGAUUAGUUGAUUACCUAGCAGGACAAUUCUCAUUUUGAAAACUCAGAUAGAAGCUAAUGUCAUAUAUUUGGUCUUAUCAACUUUGGCUGCCAAUUUGAUCUUAUCUUUUUAGGGGUUGAAUUCAGUUCCUAAUCUGAUAUUGCAUUUCUAGGUCAAUUUCCUCUUGCUGUUUGAUGGGGUUUGCGAUGCUAAUUGCUAGAAUAAGCUCACAAAAGAAAAAAACUGGUGUUCUUGCUCCAAAGCGUUUCGUACAGCGACUGAAGAAACAAAAUGAAAUUUUUCGCAGUUAUAUGCACCAGGAUGCCCAUGAAUUCUUGAACUAUUUGCUAAACGAACUGGUUGACAUACUGGAGAAAGAGGCUCGAGCUGCUAAGAGUCAAGAAAUUUCCCCAAAAAUUGCAAAUGGGCCAACAACUAUAUCUUCAAAUGGUCCCCUAAGGGAACCUGUAGUUACAUGGGUGCACAAGAAUUUUCAGGGUAUAUUGACAAAUGAGACAAGGUGUUUGCGUUGUGAGACAGUAACAGCAAGGGAUGAAACAUUUCUUGACUUGAGCCUUGAUAUAGAACAGAACAGUUCAAUUACAAGCUGUUUGAAAAAUUUUAGCUCCACUGAAACACUAAAUGCCGAGGACAAAUUUUUUUGUGACAAAUGCUGCAGUUUACAAGAAGCUCAGAAAAGAAUGAAGAUCAAAAGGCCACCUCAAAUCUUGGUGAUACAUUUGAAAAGAUUCAAGUACAUUGAACAACUGGGGCGGUACAAGAAGUUGUCAUACCGUGUUGUCUUCCCGCUUGAGCUAAAGCUCAGCAAUACGGUUGAGGAUGCAGAUGCUGAGUACUCCUUAUUCGCUGUAGUUGUCCAUGUAGGAAGUGGGCCCAACCAUGGACACUAUGUCAGCCUUGUGAAAAGUCACAACCAUUGGUUAUUCUUUGAUGACGAAAAUGUGGAGAUGAUAGACGAAUCCGCAGUUCAGACGUUUUUCGGAUCAGCACAAGAGUAUUCUAGUAAUACAGAUCAUGGAUACAUCUUAUUUUACGAAAGACUCGAUGCUAGUAGCAGCAACACAAGCUGAGAGCAGGAGUUUCCAAAUUUUUGCAGGAGUCAGAUUUUACCUUUUUUGAGCACAUUGCAUUCAAGUUUUCUAUUUAUUUAUGUUCUUUCUUGAUCCUUACCCUUCCCUUGCUGCAAUUUGAUGGGAAAUUUUUACUAAUGUCUAGCAGGUUGAGAUGAAAUGUGGAGAAAUAUACUUAGGUUAUCUCGUUGUAUAGUGGACAGCGCGAGCGCGCCGCCCGUUGUUUUCUGACAAUAAUGGGGGAAGAUGUAGUGUAAAUGGUUAUAUUCUAUGUAUUCUGUAUUGUAUUAUGCCUUUUGGAUUUUCUUAGCAUGUACUGUGUACGUUUUCUCAUCUAAGUCAUGGGAUUUUUUUUACUAUGUAGUAGUAACACACUCCUGUUUGUAUCUUUCUAUAUUCAGGAAUUUGUGAAAUGAAGAUUAUGGUUUCAUUUUGGGGAAA